ACCACGUGACUAGUUUGAAGUGGGAGUGUAAAGAUGGUUGCCACUGUAACCAAAUCAAAUCUGGAUCGAUUGCGAAGUUUCUGGUUUUUAUAUCCAAUGUUUCAUUUUAAAAACACCCGUGAAUUAACAUGUUUUUUUGUUACCGUUUGUAUAUUGAUGAGCCAGUCGCUGGCAGACAGCCAGGACUUUAUGGAGGACUUUUUGAAGCGGGAGUAUUCUCUGGCAAAGCCAUACCGUGGGUUAGGUUUCUCUAGUUCUUCACAGUGGGAUCUGAUGGGCACGGCCAUGGUUACGCCUGACUAUGUGAGGCUGACCCCAGACCUGCAGAGCAGACAGGGAGCUGUUUGGAGUCGAAUUCCUUUCUUCUUGCAGGACUGGGAGCUCAAGGUGCACUUCAAAAUCCAUGGCCUGGGAAAGAAGAAUUUGAAUGGGGAUGGACUGGGUGUCUGGUUAACCAAAGAUCGCAUGCAGAACGGUCCUGUGUUUGGCAACAUGAACCAGUUCAUUGGAUUGGGAAUAUUUGUGGACACCUACCCCAACGCUGACAAGAACCAUGAUAGGACUUUCCCGUAUAUAUCAGUGAUGCUGGGGAAUGGGACUCUGUCAUAUGACCAUGACUAUGAUGGACGGCCCACUGAGCUCGGAGGAUGUACAGCUAUGGUGCGCAACGCAAUUUACGAUACAUUUCUGCUCGUCAGAUACUCCAAAAACAGACUCACGCUCAUGGUGGACGUAGAUGGUAAGCAGGAAUGGAAAGACUGUGCGGACAUCACAGGACUGCGGCUACCCACAGGCUACUUUUUUGGUGCCUCCUCUGCCACUGGAGACCUGUCAGAUAACCAUGACAUCAUCUCCAUGAAGUUGUACCAGCUGACAGUAGAGAGGACUCCUGAGGAUGAGGAAGAGGAGGAGGUCACCAUUCCCAGGGUUGACAACAUGGAACAGUUCCAAGUGGAAGUCCAGGAGGAAGGGAUGAGCGGAGUCCAGUUCUUCUUCACCCUCCUCUUCUCCAUCCUGGGCCUGGGUGUGCUGGCAGUGGUGGGGAUGGUGGUUUAUGGGCGCUGGAAGGAAAACCGACGCAAACGUUUCUAUUGAUCAGAGAGUGGUUGAUCCACAUAGGUUUUCAGAAUGUAUGUUUUUUUUGAUCAACAUACAACACAACAAUGCAAACACUGCACUAGCUUUACUGAACCAUACAAUCGAACAGCCUCGUGGGUCUGAUGCCCAGAGCCAAGAGAACACCUGAGAAGAACAGCUGAAGAGAUCAGGAACUGGUGAGAGAGCCAGCUGUGAAAUAUUCUUUAUUUUUUUAAUCUUGUGUUAUAGAAGAUAGAUGAGAUAAAGCUGCCAUAGAAGAUUUUUUUUGGAGACACUAUAGAUUUAACAUAUCUGCCCCACUUCUACAUCAACAGGAAGAGACUUAACAAAAACUUCAGAAUCAAUCACAGAUGCUGUGUGUAGUUUACUGACAUCAUGUUACAACAUCAUGUUACAUGAUUUCUCACUGCCCCUUGGUGCUGCCAGCGUGCAGCUUUAAUCUGACAGUUAGCUGCUGUGAAGACCAGUCAAC